AUGGGUCGACCUUUCCCCACCCUCCCACCAACCUGUUGCCAGUCCCCCCCCCCCCUCCGGGUUAACCUGAGCUCCCCGCGUGCCACCCCCCCACCCCGCCCACCCCCCACACCACCCCACCCACGACCCCCCAUUCACACUUCACCCAGCCUCCCAUGCAGAAAACCCCCAUUACAGACCACCAUCCCCCGCCACGCCCCGCCCUACACCGCCUCGAUUCCAGCCGCGUACCAAUUAGCACCGCCACACCGCCAGCCCGCCUCCCAAGCCACCAUCAGACCACCAUCAGCCACCCCACCCCAUUCAGACCCCAUCAACAAACCACCAUCCAGACCCCCAUCAGGACCACCAUCAGACCACCAUCAGACAUCCGACCCCAUCAGACCACCAUCGGACCACCAUCAGACCACCAUCAGACCUCCAUCAGACCACCCAUCAGACCGACCAUCAGUACCACCAUCGACCAACCAUCAGACCACCAUACAGACCCCCAAUCAGGACCCCCAUCAGACACAUCAGGAACCCCCAUCAGACCAUCAUAGCCUCACGCCCCAUACCAUCAGACCCCCAUCAGGGACCCCCAUCAGACACCAUCAGACCAUCAUCAGACCCCCAUUCAGACCCCCAGCAGACCCCCAUCAGACAGCCAUCAGACCACAUCCCAUUCAGACCCCACAUUUCCCCAAUCAGAACCCCUCAUCAGACCCCCAUCAGACCCCCCAUCAGACCCACCAAUCAGACCAUUCAUCAGACCACCAUCAGAACCACCAAUCAGACCACCAUCAGACCACAAAGUCAGACCACCAUCAGACCCACACAAAUUCUUCCAAGGCUCCGACGGAACAGAGCCAAGCGAGAGCAGAGGAAGGAGGAAGCUUCGAGGUUCAUGAUAAUCAUGAAUGGGCCCUGGUCAAAUAA